AUGUCAACAAGUGAUUCUGAGCUAUUAAAGAUUGAGACGUUUGUUCUUAAAGUACACAUGAACUGUCAAGGAUGCAUGAAUAAAGUAAGGAAAGUACUACAAAAAAUUGAAGGUGUCUACAAAGUAGAUAUUAAUGCAGAAGAGCAGAAGGUAAUUGUCAUGGGCAAUAUCAAUCCAUCCACUAUGGUCCAGAAGUUGGCCAAAUUUGGUAAGCAUACAGAGAUAUGGAAUGCCGGUUACAACGAUGGUAAAGGCGAGGACAAUAACCAAGCUCAAUAUAUAACAAAUGAACCCAGUGCCUCAGAGAAUCAGUAUAUUAUUCCCACCUUUGGCAAAGAUCGCUGGGGACCUGAAUGGUGUUUUAAUCAGGACGUGGGUUUCAAAACCAUGGAAAGCGAGAUAAAUCAACAUUUUGCAACACUUUCGUUUCUGGAAAAAGUUAAGAAUAGAACCAAUCAAAUUUUCACCCGAAUCAAUGACAAUCCCAAGUGGGAGGAGAACAUGGUACCCAUGAUGAGACCUGCAAGUUUUCAUGAGAACAGUGGAACUAAUUAUUCUGCCUUAGGGGAUCAAGAAUGGGCACCUAACUUCCUUGGAGUGUCAACAAUUAGAAAAUAUGGCCAUCAACCAUCUCAUAUGGCCAACAUACAUGGUUACUAUAAUGCCUGCGAUCCAUCAAAUAUGAUGCAGCUUUCCUCCUAUAAUCAUCUACCUUGGACAAUUAACAUCCCCAUGGAAAGUACGCCAACUGAUAAUGAUGAGAUCAUGAAUGCAUACAUCCAUGAUCAGCACAUGACAAACCAAAUGCAUUUGUACUAG